CAGCUUUGUUUCACAAUCAGUUCCUCUGGGACUGAGACUGGAUGCCUCCCAGUGGGUGGGGAAUAAAGCUGAAUAAAUUUGCCGAGUGUUCACAGACUGGGACAAGUGCUGGCUUGCAAAGACGGCAUUCGGAGAGCGAUAGAGCGAGCAGCUUGCGGAGGGGGGAGGCUGGGGAGAGAGAGAGAGAGAAAGAAGCUAUGAGUGUCUGAUCAAAGUUUGCAGGAAAGUUCUGAAGUUUGGGUGCCACCCCACGCCCUUUUCCCCUCGAAAAUCAUCUUUCUAUCGUCUUCGAGAGGUGGGCUGCUUUUCUAAGAAGGCUCAAAGCUCGUUUCUCCAGGGCCCCAGCGCUCUUCACCCAAGAUGUCUGUCACCGUUCAUGAAAAUCGGAAAUCACGCUCCAGCUCUGGGUCGAUGAACAUCCAGCUGUUCCACAAGCCGUCACAUGCCGAGAGUCUGCUAACUCACCUUAAUCUCCUCCGCAAGCGCCACCUCUUCACAGAUGUGACCCUCCACGCGGGAAACCGAUCCUUUCACUGCCACCGGGUUGUGCUGGCUUCCUGCAGCCGUUACUUCGAGGCCAUGUUCGCCGGCGGGAUGAAAGAGAGCCGGGACAGCGAAGUGAACUUCCACAACUCUCUCCACCCCGAGGUCCUGGAGCUGCUCCUCGACUAUGCGUACUCCGCCCGCGUACUCAUCAACGAGGAAAAUGCCGAGUCUCUCUUGGAGGCCAGUGACAUGCUGCAGUUCCACGAUAUCCGGGACGCAUCUGCAGAAUUCCUGGAGAAAAACCUGCAUCCCAUGAACUGCCUUGGGAUGAUGCUCCUCUCCGAUGCUCACCAGUGCGAACAGCUCUAUGAGCUCUCUUGGCAAACCUGCCUUGCCUACUUUGCGGCGCUGUACAGGACCGAGGACUUCCUGAACCUGCCCAAAGACAAGCUGGUCGAGCUGAUCUUGAGCGAAGAGCUGGAGGUCGAGGAUGAAAGUCUAGUCUAUGAGGCCGUCAUGGGUUGGGUGAAGCACGACCUGUGCAGACGCCGGGAUGACCUGCCCGAGUUGCUGCGGUGCGUGCGGUUGGCCUUGUUGCCGGAGUCGUACUUGUACAAAAGCGUGCUGGGGGAGGAGCUGGUGGCCAACCACAAGAUGGGCAAAGGAGUCGUCGAGGAAGCCAUUUGCUGCAAGAUGAGGAUCCUGCAGAAUGAUGGCGUGGUGACCCUCCUGUGUGCCAGGCCUCGCAAAGUGAACCAUGAUGUCCUGCUGCUGGGCGGCCAGACUUUCAUGUGUGAUAAAGUCUACGCAAUUGACCAGAAGGCAAAGACGGUGAUCCCCAAGACUGACAUCCCCAGCCCGCGUAAGGAGUGCAGUGCUUGUGCGAUUGGGUGCAAGGUGUACGUUACUGGUGGCAGGGGUUCUGAAAAUGGGGUCUCCAAAGAUGUCUGGGUGUACGACACACUCCAUGAUGAGUGGACGAAGGCUGCCCCAAUGUUGCUGGCGAGAUAUGGGCAUGGGUCAGCGGAGCUUGAGCAGAGCUUGUAUGCCAUUGGUGGGCACACAGCCGUGAGUGUGUCUUUCCCAGCAUCUCCCUCGGUGUCCCUGAAGCAGGUUGAACACUAUGACCCCCAGUUGAACAAGUGGACCCUCGUGGCCCCGCUCCGUGAAGGGGUCAGCAAUGCCGCAGUGGUUGGCACCAAACUGAAACUCUUCGUCUUUGGUGGCACCAGUGUCAAUCGGGAGAAGCUGCCCAAGGUCCAGUGCUUUGACCCAAGGGAGAAUCGAUGGACGGUGCCCGCAAACUGCCCACAGCCAUGGCGAUACACCUCAGCGUCUGUGGUCGGUGACCACAUCAUCGUCAUCGGUGGGGACACAGAAUUCUCAGCCAGCUCCGCUUACCGCUUCAACAGCGAGACGUACCAAUGGUCAAAGUUUGGCGACAUGACGGCAAGGAGGGUCAGCUGCCAUUCGGUGGCAUCUGGUAACAGGCUCUACGUGGUUGGAGGAUACUUUGGUGCCCAGCGGUGUAAGACUCUAGACUGUUACGAUUCAUCAACGGGCACCUGGAGUAACAUCACCACCGUCCCAUAUUCGCUCAUUCCAACCGCCUUUGUCAGCACGUGGAAAUAUCUCUCGGUCUAGCUUCUUGGAAGCCUUGAACGUUACAAUCGGAGGGUUGAAGAAUUGCCUGCCACUGUUGAAAGAUGGAGAAUAUUGUGAAGAGCUUCAGAUGGCAGUGCCAUGUUCAUCACCCUUUGUCCUGACACUGGAAGCUAUUGAGCCAGAGAGGAUUGAGCGAGCCCUCUUCAUGAGGUUGGUGCAUGAGGCCAGCACGAUUGCUGCACUUCCAGCAAACCAUACAAUACAUUUUUGGUUCAUAACAGACCCAUUGAGAAUUUUAGACUUUGCCUCUAUCUCAUGUUUAUCAUUUUUGCUUGUUCCAAAAAGACUCUUGUUAUGGUAACUGGCUAAGGAUCUGAGUUUCAGUGGCUGAUGCCACUGUGUCCAGCAUACCAGUGUUGGAAUCACUGCAGUAACAGGCAGUAACAUCUCCCAAGCCUGUGAUCACCGAGAAGGGCAAGGACAGCAGGCACCAUCUCUCACUAUCAUGACUUGGAAAUAUGUUAGCAGUUGCUAACUGGUGGCUGGGUCACGAUUCCGGAACAUCCUACCUGGCUGCUUUGUGAGAGUCCAUUCAUUACACAGACAUUGCAUCAGUUCAAGAAGGCCCACCACUUUCUUAACUGGAAACGGACAAUUAACGUUGGACAUGCCUGUGCCCACAUGACAAGGAUUAAUAUUUUUAAAACUGUAACUAACUCCUUCUUUGUCAGGACCUCUGAACUGUGCGAUUCCUUAACUCUUUAGAAGGUUAAGAUAAUUUCCACUGUUUUCAAACCCAAGUUUGAGGGGUUACCCAAUUGGAUGCUAACUCUUGCUUCAAUCCUACGCUAUGCACUUUGGUCCAGCCACCAUCAUCUACAGAUUGAGAAGCACUGGUGCUGGUGAAGACGAACUGGUUGGGUUUCAUUUUGUUCAUAGUGAUUCUGUUGACCCAGAUGGGGGAAGGUUUAGUUUCCCCAAUCUCUCCAUAACCAUGUAGAUUUGCACCUUGUAUUGUAAUUAGGUGGUGUGCUUUGUGUAUUUAAUUUUGUUGGGAGGUUUUCUGCUGAAGUUUUCAAGGGAAAUUGAAUUGCUCGAGGGAGCACCCAGCUUUUUAGUUUUCUUGCCUGCUAUCUAGUCUCUGUUCUGUGACGAACAGCCUGGCUUUCCUCUUGCAAUCAAAUUUGGGUUUUUUAAAAAAAAAAGCCUCUGGUUUUGGUUGACAAUUAACCAAUUUGUUGAUGUGUGCCUUGGCCACCCUCAUGGGCCUUCUCCAGCUCCCCCAGCGUAACCUCAGAAACCAUCAUUUCCAGGGUAAGCGAUGCUCCCACCGAAGUUGCACCGGAAAAAGACUCCACGAAAUUCGUCCCCUUAAUUUUCCCAAUGGCUCAUGGAUCUCGAGGCUGUGCAUAUAAUCAAAAGUGUGGAACCCUAUGGGCGGGGGGAGGGAUGCGCAAGAGGAAGACACUAAGUUCCCUUCUUCUGUCUGUUCUGGAUUUGGCAGGUAUGGCACUGACAUUGGCUUCGUUGCCUUUUUGGAUGGGACUAAGCCAGAAUUCCUGUUAUCCUGCUUUAAAAAGGAACACAUGGGUGUUGGGAAACAACAAGGUCAAGUUUGGGUGCUUGUGAUGGCCACUGUAAUGCAUUAGCUGGCUGUCUACACUCCAGUUCAGUUGUGAAAAAUCUGACUUUGUGAAGGCUAUCUGGCCUCCCCAGUGAACUGUACCCUGUCAAGAGGGCAGAGAGUAAAAUUGGAUGGAACAAAAUAGCCGAAAAGCCCAUAGAGUGCAUUGACUCUGGGUGAACAUGACCGCCGCUCCGCUUGUUUUUCUGUUGCUUGUGUCUGAGUUUGAAUCCUCAUUGAGGUGAUGCGUUUUAACAUUUUAGAUGAAAGAUCUAAACAUUCCCUGCAUACACUUGACAAUUUGCUAUUGGUGACAGCUGCCAAGGCCCUCAGCUCUGGAAUUCCCUCCCUAAAUCUCUACACCUCCCCACCUCUCCCAUUCCCGCUUUAAGAUGUUACUUUAAAACCUACCUCUUUGACCAAGCUUUUGGUCGACUGUCCUAAUAUCCCUUAUGUGGUUCAGUGUCUAAUUAUAUCUGGCACUCAUGAAACACUUUGGGGCACUUCAUCAAAAGGUGCUACAUAAAUGCAAGUUGCUGUUACUUGCCAUUGGAAGAUGGUUUUGCUAUGUCUUUAUCUACAUUUUCUCCCUGGCUCUACCCAUUCCCCAUUGUGAUUAGGGGGCCAAGAUCCACUCCACUUUGGCCCUCCUAAUUUUGCACGUCCUGUAAUAAAAUGGGUCUGUAUGUUAAGCCCUGGCAGAAGUGAGGUUGUUGCUUUUGCAUUACUACUCCCGAGCAAAUAAAAUGGCCGAAUGUUAGCGAGGUUUUUCUUAUCGGAUUCUGCCACUUCUCAAUGGUUGCAGUGCGGCAAUAUUAGGAUGCCUGCAUAACAAGUUCAUGUCGUUAAAAUGCCCACCUUUUUGAAUUCAUUGUCUCCUGCCGAAGCAAUAUAGCAGUCUGCAAAUGCACAGUGGUUCAUGCAGAUGUCACUCUGCACCCAAAACAUGGGUUUUGCAGGCAGGAAAUGUAUGCAGGUCCUAAUGUCUUUUAAGUUUCUUAAAUAUUUUAUAACUACAGAUGAAUGGCAGAAAAAUAAUUAAAUAAUUACAUUUCCACUAACAAUGUUCAAAUAGCACAGGCACCGAACAAUAGAUGCACUCUUAAUAUUUGAAAUAUAUUGAAAAAUUGUAAGAGGCAAGAAAAAUAUUGCUGAUGUUUCAACUCAAACAGAAAACUCUCUGGAGGCAUUCAGCUGCCUGAGUGUUUCCCAAGAUUUUCUGUUCAUUAGUUUGCUGCUUUAAAUUACUGCUUUACUUCUGUAUUAAAAUGGUGCAAAAGUUUAUUUUUUCCCUUUUUUGACACUGAAUUUCAGUCUAGCAGUGUCAGAUCUAUGAAAUCCUGUUCUGCUACCAGCUUGAGUUGAAGUGCUCAUGGCUGCGUGUGUCUGUGAAACAGUGAACGUGGCAGAACUGCAUGUGUGCGGCGUUGGUAGCAAACGCAGCCUUCGGAAUUAAUCACGUGGUCAUUUUUGUCACCAAGAAUCGGCCGACUCCUGCCUGCCUGCACUGGACCCAUUGUCACAACUUGCUGCCUACGAGAGUUGUGGAGCAGAGACUAUCAAUGAUUUCAAAAAGAAAUUGGACGGGUUCUUGGGGAAAUAAGCUUGCAGGUCUCUGAAGGAUAGAGCAGGGGAGUGGGAUUGACUCGAUUGCUCUACAGAGACCCAGGAUGGACUUGAUGGGCUGAAUGGCCUCCUGUGUCGUUAUGCCUCUGAGCCCCUGCCACCAUUGCAACCAGUGCAAGAUCGUUUGAACUCUUCAUGCAGGAGUAUUUAUAUUUUUUUUGGUUCUAAUCUAGACUAUCUGCGCCUCUCGUUAGAAUGUUUUUGAACUUUAGAUGAAGGAAGCAAUCCGAAAUGUUUUUACUGUGUAUGUAUUAAAAAAAAAAAUUGCGACUCUAUUCAGGGUAGGUUGUUUUGUUUUAAUUACAAUGAAAGGAAGUCAAGAGUGAAGUAUUUUCGUCUGCUUCCACCUCUCCCCAUUUGAUCUGCACAGUUGGAAGCCUCUCUUGUUUUCUGUCUUUGACUGUGUGUAUUUCUGUGUCCUGUAACUUUUGUGAAUGUUUGAUUUUAAUUUAUAAUGUCCUGUCACUUUAAUUAUGUUGAAGACUUGUUUUUGACAGCCUGGUGCUGGUUGGAAGAUUUCAAUAAAGAGUCACCAAAAUAAAAA